AAUUAAAUCAUUUUACACAUAACAAGACAAUAAAUCUUUUUAGUUAUUGGCAAUUUAAACAUUGAGUGAAUAUGACUUCUAAGUAAAAGUGUUUUAAGAACUAUUUUAUAUGUUUUUCUUUGAAGCUUGUAACAUAUUUAAGCAUUUGUGAUAUUUAAGCAUUUAUAAAUAAAUAAAUUUAAAAAAAAAAAAAGAGAAAGAGAAGAAAUAGGAAACGACGUCGUAGCUGAUCUGGCGGGAAUUGGAGUCCCCAGUCCCGCCCAAGCUGGGGUUGGGGUCUCUCACUGUUUGUAUUCUUCGGUUAUGUCACAAAUAAAAUUUCAUUUCUUUUUCUUCAUAGUUCAUUAUUCAUCAAAAACCCGCCAUUAACCUCAAGCACAAUGUUGGAGCUCCGUCUAGUUCAGGGGAGUCUUCUGAAGAAGGUUCUUGAAGCCUUGAAGGAUCUUGUCAACGACGCCAACUUCGACUGUUCCUCCUCUGGUUUCUCCCUCCAAGCAAUGGAUUCCAGUCACGUCGCUUUAGUUUCUCUUCUUCUCCGUUCUGAGUCUUUCGAGCACUAUCGCUGCGAUCGUACCAUGUCCAUGGGAAUGAACCUCAACAAUAUGGCUAAGAUGCUCCGUUGCGCUGGUAACGACGAUAUUGUUACUCUUAAGGCUGAUGAUGGUAGCGAUUCCGUCACCUUCAUGUUUGAAAAUCCUUCGCAAGAUAAGAUAGCUGAUUUUGAGAUGAAGCUGAUGGAUAUUGAUAGUGAGCAUCUUGGAAUUCCUGAUGCUGAAUACCAGUCUAUUGUUAAAAUGCCAGCGGUUGAGUUUGCCAGGAUUUGUAAGGAUCUUAGCUCCAUUGGCGAUACUGUUUUGAUCUCUGUGUCCAAGGAAGGAGUUCAAUUCUCAACUAGAGGCGAUAUCGGUACUGCAAACAUAGUUUGUAGACGAAAUACCACAGUUGACAAGCCUGAAGAAGCUGUAAUGAUAGAGAUGGAAGAGCCAGUUAGCUUAACCUUUGCGCUGAGGUACCUCAACUCUUUUACAAAGGCAACCCCUCUAGCAAACCAGGUGACUAUUAGCAUGUCUUCAGAUCUGCCUGUAGUGGUUGAAUACAGAAUUGAAGGCAUGGGUUAUAUAAGAUACUACUUGGCUCCUAAGAUCGAAGAAGAAGAUGAAGCUGCAACAAUUAGCAAACCAGAGACAGAGCCCAAACAUACAGCAAAGGCAAAACCCAAAGCAGAUUUGAAGCCAAAUUUUGAGCCUAACCCUGAAUCAGAGAUGAAGUCUGAAGAAGACGAAGGGUCUGUGAUUGAGAUCAAGGAUAAAGACAAGUCUGUAUUUGUAAUCAAUGAUGAAGUACAGAAUUCACCAGUCAAAAGCAAAGCACGAGAGGAAACCAAUACUCCCAAAGAACCGAAGAUUGAAACAAUGGAACUUGAGUGAUGAGUUUUCAUGAGAAGUCGAUUAGUAAAUAGGAAAUAUUAGCCACUUUUUAACUCCUGUUGGUUAGGAGUGAUUUUGUGAAUUGCAAGCAAGAAGCCAUGGCUAUAUAUGAUUGGAAUAUUUUGUAAGAAUCUUCAUUCAGAUAAUAUUUUGGAGUCGGGAUUCUCAAAUCCUGACCAUGGAAGGAGAAAUGACAAGUAAAUUUGUUCUCUU